GGUAAUGAAUUCUGUCUGCCUCCCCUAUAUAAGCCACGGAGAGCUUGGGAAGAUGCAUUCGGUCUUUCACUGUCCAACUGAAGUAUACAGAUAUCCAGAAAAUGAAGGUUGCCAUUAUUAUCCUGGUUGCUGUGCUGCUGUGCGGAGCUGCGCAUGCGAGUCCUCGUUUCUUUGGUGGGAGGCGCUCCAGGGUGCGAGGCGGCUUUCCCGGCGGCUUUCCCGGCGGCUUUCCCGGCGGAUUUCCCGGCGGAUUUCCCGGCGGCUUUCCCGGCGGCUUCCGCGGCGGCUUCCGCGGUGGAUUCAGUGGAUUCGGUGGAUUCCCCAGAGGCCACUACGGCGACUUUGGCGACUUUGGUGGUUAUGGCGAUUAUUACGACAUCUACGAUCAUCCAGGCACAGUCGCAGGCAGAGCCGCAAGCAGAGCAGUCGCCGUGCCCACAACAGUCGUAAAGGGAACUUACUAGAAGACAUAAUUAGAGGUCUCAGCAACAGAAGAACGAUUUUGUGAGAUUUGGACAUGAAUGCCUUUUAGUAAAAAAAUAUCAGUUAUAA